UUGCCUGUCGGCGUUGCAUGUCCUAUAAAUUCAUCAAAAUAUUCCACAAGGAUUGAUCCAUCCUAUAUUGAGUCUAUCGCUUCUUCUAGUAGUGAAGUUAUUCUUGACUGUAAAAGGAUUGACGGGAUCUACUUUCUAGCGCUUAAUCGAAAAGCUAAUAAGAAUGCACUUAGCGCGUGUUUUGUUAGGGAUAUAUCAGAUUCAGUAUCAGAACUAGAAAAAGAUAAAAAAUCCCGCGCGUUGAUCAUCUGCAGCUUGGUAGACAAUGUAUUUUGCUCCGGCGCUGACCUCAAAGAACGUGCUAAAUACACAGACUCUGAGGUUCCUGGUGUUGUAGGUUCCUUGCGCUCCCUGUUCCAGCGCAUCCAUUGCUUGCCAAUGCCAACGAUCGCCGCCAUUGAUGGCGCUGCCUUGGGCGGUGGCCUCGAACUUGCUUUAGCCUGUGAUCUCCGCUUCGCAGGUCAUAUGCCCCGCACUUCGCUAGGUCUUGUCGAAACACACUGGGCCUUGCUUCCAGGUGCUGGUGGCUCCCAGCGCUUGCCGCGCCUAAUUGGCUCAGCUCGGGCCAAAGAGCUCGUGCUAGCUGCCCGAGUUUUCGAUGCAAGGACGGCUGCUUCUUAUGGUCUAGUAAACUCUGCACUCGAACCUGCUGAGGUACCUGAUGCUAUUUGGCGCAAACGUCCGGGACUUUUUGCAGCCAUACGAUUUGCGGAAGAAGUGGUUACUAAGGGACCUUUGGCAGUACGCCAAGCUAAGAAGGCCAUCCAACAGGGCUUGGAUGCCCCGAGCCUCGAGGACGGCCUCCUCUUAGAAGCCGAAUGCUAUCGUUCCCUUGUUUCAACCAAGGAUCGUCAAGAGGGCAUGAAAGCGUUCGCUGAAAAACGCCAGCCCGUCUAUCAUGGACUCUGA